CACAAUCCCAACGUGAGCACUUGUGCGCACGGUGUGGGAGUACGUCUGCCCGCCUCCUGUAGCACGGCUGUGGGAGGUUGGAGUUCUGCACUAGGGGGCGGGAGGAUCUUCCGCUGGCUGGAUCCGCCAACGCGUGAGGCAGCAACGAAAUAUAUCUGCGUUGGCAAGAGUUUUGAACAUUGUUUCCUACUUGUGGUAAAUGAAAACAUGGAAAGUCCAGCCCAAGUUGCAAAAGGAAAAGGGGUACGGAAAGCAAGGCUUCCAUCUGUUAAGACUUCAUUCAACAAUCCUUACAGUAUAGAAUGGAUACCCUUGGAAAGGAAUAUCAUGACAUUUAUCCUGGAAAAUCUAACAAAAGCAUUUCAAGAGACUGGCUUAUGCAAAGUUGAACCUAUUGUAAAGCCCAGGAAACCAAAACCUUCCACGGCAUCAAGAAGUCAAGCAGAGAGAAAUAUGGAAGGGAAUAUUGGAGAAAGUGAAGAUCAACAGGAGACUGAAGAGGUCAAAGAAUUGAAGGAAGAGCAUGUGAUGAUCAGCAUUCAAGAACCUAAACAAGGAUGGACUAAUGUGGAGCUUAGGAAACAGUUGGCAAUUGGGAUCAACGAGGUUACUCGGGCUUUGGAGAGAGAUAUGUUGUGUUUGGUUCUGGUGUGUAAAUCAGUGAAACCCCCUUUGAUGACUCAUCAUCUCAUCCAAUUGAGCGUGAGCCGGCAGGUCCCUGCAUGCCAAGUUCCCCACCUGAGUGAAACAGUGGCACCAGUGCUUGGUCUGAAAUCUGUACUUGCAUUGGGAUUUAAAAAGAAUUCAGAAGCUUUUACUGAGACGGUUAAUGCUAUUACUCCACAAGUACCUCCUUUAAAUGUUUCAUGGAUACAGCAAAGUAAGGUAGUUGUAAAUGCUGAAGAACUGGACACAAAUGUGGAAGAUUGCACUGGUGAAAUUCCAAAGCUUGAAGUAACGGAGACUGCGCUUCCCCAAAGUCAAAAGCGUAAAUUCAAUGAAGUGUCAUCAAAUGAUACUCCAACGAGCAAAGCAAUAGGGGUGACAUUGCUGCCUCUGAAAGUAAAGAAGAUAGUUCCAAAUCCAAAUAAAAUUCGAAAGCCAAAAAAGAAUAAGAAAAAUAAGUAAACAUCAGAUUGUGGAAACUUAAAUGUAUACAACUCAUUUUUUGGUUAGUAUCUGUUGACUGAAAAGAUCAGUCGAAGGUGUCGAUUCUUCAUCAGAACUGUUGUAAAUUUCAGAUUAUAAAGGGAUGGAAUAAAGACUGACUUGUCAAAGUUCUUAAAUAUUUAAUAUACCAGCUUGUUAAAACAAGCAGAUUUAAAAUUGUGUUACUCUUUUAUUUUAAGUCCUACAUGGGAUCUAAGCGUGACUGAUAAGGUUAGCAUUUGUGACCCAUUCCUAGCUGUCCUUGAGAGGUGGUGUUGAGUUGUCUUCUUAAACUGCUGCAAAAUUAUUAUAUACAGCUAUAUCCACAGUGCUAUUAGGAAGGAAGUUGACAGGUUUUGAACAAAGAAUCCUAGCCAUUUGAUGGAUUGGUUUUAUAAUUGUAUAAUUGCUGGGCAGUACAGAACUUGAGUAUUGCUGAAAGAAAAGAGACAUUGCUUUAUUCUGAUGGUCAUCAGGGUAGAACUAUAAUAAUAACAACAAGAUUUUACAGUUUAAUUAAUAUUAAAAGAUUCGUGCAUUGCUGGCUCGACCAUCAUUUGUUGGGAGUCCUUGUCCAUGAAGCACAAAAGCCAGAAUUCAAGUUCAGUGGGUAAUAUGGAAUCAUAGAGUCAUAGAGAUGUACAGCAUGGAAACAGACCCUUCGGUCCAACCUGUCCAUGCUGACCAGAUGUUGGGCUUUAUUUCAAACGAAAUGCAGUAUAAAGUUGAGAAGAAACCAGGUGGACACAGCUGGAAUACUGUUGAUGGGUUUGCCCCUCAUCUAAGUAAGUAAUUACUGGCAUUGGAGGCUGUCCAGAAAAUGAUUACUUGGUUGUCACCGGGUUUUUUAGAGGGACUUUCAGGAGAAGUUGAAUAGAUUGGGUCUAAACUCAGUGGAAUUUAGAAUAAGAAGUGACCUUAUUGAAACAUGCAAGAUCGUUGUAGGACUUUACAGGGUAGAUGUGGAGCCGUUGGUUCCCAUUGUGGGAUGGUCUACGAUCAGAGCAUAACCUGAGAAUAAAGGAUUGCACUUUUUCGAUAGAGAUGAAGAGGAAUUUCUUCUCUUGAAGGUUGUGAACCUGCGAAAUUCUUUACCGCUGAGAUCUGUUAAGGCCAGGUCAUCAAGUAUAUUCAAGGCUGUGAUAGAUUUGUAGUCAGCCAAGGAAUCAAAGAUUAUGGAAAAAAGGCAGAAGUUGAGAAUUAUAAGAUCAGUAAUAAUAUUAUUGAUAUUAUCAGAUUUUAUUAGGCUGAAUGGCCUACUAUGGCCUUAUGAUUGUAGAGAUAUUGCCAUGGAGAAAGCUAACUGUUCCUUGGUGCUAUCAAAAGAUUUAUUUAAAGUUGGUAGUUCAAGGUGUUCAAUGGGGAAUGCACCAAGGAAUGACUGUCCCUUCAAGCAUUUGUUAAUUGAAGAGGCAUAAUGUGUGAACAUAUUCUCUCUGUUUGCAAAAUAAAGCCCUGUAUGUA